CACAGGAAGCAGCUCGCGGCGGCGUUCAAACUUUAAUCACGACUGAACUACAGCGUCGUUAUCGUGCGUAAAAGCGCUUGAACCUGUUUACUUGCUUUUCUUGGAGUUAUGGAGCUGCUGUUACAUAUAUUGGAUAAAACUUAAAUGAAGAGGAAAUCUCCCUCAGUGCCGGAUAUUUUCCUCACCAUCUCGUUUCUUGUAUCGACGGGGCUUUUUUUUUAUGUAUUUAUUUAUUGAUUUAUUUUUCUGUAUAAGAGGUUUGAUGGCCGACGCAUCUAGUGUACAGAUGUAGAACCGACUCGGCUGAUGGUCACAGUUUUUUUUUUAGCACAGAAAUAAUAAUGACAUUCCGCUGACAGUCUUCUAGGCUCAGGGUCAGAGCAACUCAAUGAUGAUCCUAAACGAUACUUGUGAAAAUGUCACGGACAUCGAAGUGCAAAAGAACCCUGGGAACCUGGUGGUCAGUGCCAUCAUGUUUCUUGCUGGUGUGGUGGGCAAUCUGAUAGCUCUGGCUAUUCUUGGGGUUCACCAAAAAGAACGACGAACCAAAUCCUCAGUCUUCUGCAUCUUAGUAACAGGACUUGCUGUAACAGAUCUGGCAGGGACGUGCUUGCUCAGUCCACCUGUGUUUGUGUGUUACACUCAUGCGAUCUCUCUAGUGGGCUUAACUGGUGACAUGCAUCUCUGCAGCUCCUUUGCCUUCGCCCUGACCUUCUUUGGCUUGGCAUCUAUGCUGAUCCUGUGUGCCAUGGCAGUGGAGCGCUGCCUGGCCAUCAGCCACCCAUAUUUCUACUCCAAGCACGUACGGAGGCACUUCGCUAAGGUUGCGCUCUUCCUUAUCUACCUUUUCACAGGUGCCUUCUGCAUGCUGCCCAUCUUUGGUAUUGGCCGUUAUAAGCAGUACUGCCCUGGCACAUGGUGCUAUAUAAAAAUGGAGGCUGUUGGUGAGGGUGAAGAAGAGGAGAGACGCACGCUCGCCUUCUCCCUCUCUUAUUCCCUUCUCAUGGCUCUGCUCAUUACUGUUGUGUUUGUGUGUAAUGGCUCAGUCAUCAUCAGUCUGUGCCGAAUGCACCGCAGCCAGAUCACACGCAGAGGAUCCGUGGUCUCGACAGGGCGCAAGAAAAGGCUUAGCACCUGGUUUGGCCAGGGUGAAGAGGAAAUAGACCACUUGGUGCUGCUGGCAUCUAUGACUAUCAUCUUCGUCAUUUGCUCCUUGCCUCUCACUAUUUUUGGUUUUGUCAACGCCAUCAGCCCGGUAGGCAAUGACCAACAGAACCUCCUGGCUUUCCGUUUCUCUGCCCUUAACCCUGUGGUGGACCCCUGGGUUUUCAUCAUCUUCCGCAAGUCCAUCUUCCGGCAUGUACGUUCGCUAUUACAAUGCUGCUUCAGCAAGGCAGCAGUGAAGAACACAGCCCCAGAAGGCCUCACGCCCCGCUUACAGAGCAAUGUGCAUGCAGAGUCCACUGCUCUCCAGAGCAAAAUCUACUGUAGCAUGCCUCACUGAGAGCUAACAGCAAACCACUUUAUCUUGCUCAGGGUCACAGUGGAUUCAGAAUGUAUUUCAGAACCCUGGUCAUGAUGUAGGAAUACACACUGGAUUAGAUGGCAGCCCAUCACAAAGCAUCAUCUAUGUACACACAUGCAUUCUCACAUACAGGCAAUUUUAUGUCUCUAAUCUACCUACUGGCAUGUUUUGGUAGGUGUGAGGAAGCCAGAGCACCUAGUGGAAACCCCCCAUGGACUUGGGGAGAACAUGCAAAACUAGAGCUCAUUAAUGGACCGGGACACAUUGAUGUGGACACAGUGAAAUGGCAAUGCUUCACACUACACCUCCUUUUUUGCACCAUUAGGAAACUUCAUGUAGAAUACAUACUCAGAAACUACUAUAUAGGAAAAAAGCAGUUCUGUAUAGAAUGGUGGACUGUAUGUACAAUAAAAUAGAUGUAGGAAUGGGCCUUCUGAAAGCCUAUGUGUGCACAAACCAUGUUUGAACUAGAUAUUACUAGAUAUUUAGAACUGUAGAAAGACUGUAUUGUAUCAUUAAUAAACACUGAAGAUUCAUAAUAAAUGAAUGCAUAAAUAAAUAUUUAGUAGCACUCAUCUGCCAUUUUAUUAGGGACACCUGUACCCCUGCUUGUUCACGCAGUUAUCCAUUCAGCCAUUACAGAUAAGUCUGCCAUAGUCAGUCACUGAUAUAACUUUUUUCCUUAUUCUGAUGUUUGAUGUGAAUAUUAACCGAAGCUCUUGAACUAUAUCUGCAUGAUUUGAUGCUAUUUCAACGAGAUUGCUUGAACAUGUAGAUUUACAGGUUUUCUCAGUUACAGUUAAUGGGUGUAUAUUUCUGUUGAUCAGUUUAACAAUAUUUCUUCACCCUAUAAGACAUUACUUCUGUAGUAAUCCUCUGUGCCCUCAUUUCAUAAACCAUAAGAAUUUCGAAACUCUUAGAGUUGAUUAGAUUUGUAAUUGUCUUAAUGUGCAUUUGUAUUACAAAUAAAAAAAAAUCUAAUUUUAUUUGUCACAUACACAUACAUACAGAGUACGACAUGCAGUGAAAUGCAGUGAAAUCUUUGCGUUUCCCUGUCUUCAAAGUGAAUGUAGGUAGUAUUUUUGCAUUGUCUCAUUUCAUUUCAAGGCUACAAUCACUACACAUCUAUUAAACACCUGGAACAGGUAAAAAGGAUCGAAACUGCACUCUGCAUUAAGCUAGAAACCAAGUGAAGUGUUGAAAAUAAUUCUUUUUUUUUUUUUUUUUUGUGAAAGCAAUGUUUUGUUUUGUUUUAUGCGUUGGUUGUGGAACAAUAAAUUACAUUGAAUUGUAAUAUAAAAUCUCUCUAGAGUUAUAAGUUCCCAGCUUUUUAGUUUUUUAUAUUUAGCUUCAAAGACUUGACUGUCUGCAGUUCAAACACAUUAACGUCUCAUUUGAACUUUUAAACAGUAUUUUGUACAACACAUCCAUAAAUAUUCCAUAUCUAUUCAAAAGUGGCAAAAGAUGAUAAUUUCAAAGCACAUUUGCCCAACUUCAUUUAUUGAAACCAAAUGUUAAAAGUUUUCAGUGGUUGUUUUUAUUCCUGUUUCUCAGCACAGACAAAAAUUUGCACUUUCCAUUAGCUGGUCACUUGGUCUCUGUGGUUCGUUGUUUAUAAUGUGACAAAGAAAAGAUUUUAAUACAACAUGUGUUAUGAAUAAUUUAUGUUGUUUAAAUCUUGAAAAUCAUUUUUGUGGUGUUUGAACCAUCCCAGUUUUGUCUCCUGAACUUCUCUUUUAGCUAGAACUUCUCUAUAUAAUUCAUAGUCUGUCUAAAUCAACGUGCUCUACAGAUGCUUCAAAUGCUGAACCCAAUGCAAAAGCUCAUAAAGAAUCACAACUACAAAGCAUUAUGUAAACAGGAGAUACUUUUACCUUCUAUAUUUGGCUGUUGGAACAUUUUUCUUAUCACAAAUGUGUCUUGUGAUUUUUGUACACGCAGCGGUUCAGGGAGUAGUAGCAUUGAUAUCGGCAGUGGAAAGCGUUCAGCUGGUCUCCUGAACGUUCAAAGCAGACACAUCCUACCCUGUGUAUACAGUAAGGGUUUUGUAGAUAGGUUUCUAGCGCAAUAUAACAACCAUAUGCUGUGAUGUACAUCAAUGUAAACCUGGUUAUCUAUGAAAUAUACUAUUGAUGUUCUUAUUUGAUAAAUUAAUUUUUGUGUGUUUGUUAAGGAAAUCCUCAGUGGUGUAUAUAGCAGUGAAGUCUUUGUACGUAUAAUAAAUGCUCCAUCUGGUCUGUGUUAGUUUUGUCUGCUAUUCUUUUUCUGAUUUCAUUCAGUGCAAAAGUGAGAUUUUACUUGCUCAGUCAUGGAGAGUUGUAAAAAUAAUAAACACUUCCAAAAAUUA